CAGCAAAAAAACGGUGCAAGCAGAACACCGAUGGGAAUAUUAUAAAAAAACAAACUUAACGGACAAAAAUUAUUGUCAUGUGUCAGUAGGUUUGUCGAAAUGAAAUAGAUUAGUGAAAGCAACGGCAAAUACAAAAGCAUAAUUGUAAAAACUGUCGUAUUCCAUCGGUGAAAGACAACCAAUCACAUCGGUGCGCACCUGGACGCGCUUUCUGUAUUAUUUUGCGCUUUUUUUUUGUAAACAAUGCCGAGGACCAAAAAGAUUUACUGGAGUCCUGAUGCCAUCAAAAUGCUUAUGAAGCUGUACAAGGAGCAACCACACCUAUACGACUCGAAACACGAGCAUUACUUCAAUAAAGAUUUACGCAUUGAGGCUUUUCGCCAGAUUGUCCUGGAAAUGAGAAAAAUAUACGAAAAUGUACUGAGUACUGAUAUCAAAACUAAAAUCUGCACACUGAGGAGCCAGUACUUAAGCUAUUUGAAAAAGGAGAAGAAAAAUGGAAUGGCAAAACCAAAUUGGGUGCUCUGCGUGGAGUUCCUUAGGCCGUUUCUGAAGCCGCCCGAAAAUCAAAAAUCUCUAGAUUGCGAUAUCAAACCAGAAGCUGACUUUGAUGCCCCAAACUGUUUGAGCAACGAUGAAAGUGAAGCUGGUUCUACUUUCGAUCCACUCCUGACCGCGCCAAAUGAUAAACUAGACAUCGUUAAGCCCAAGAAGAUUAUUUGGAGUCCAGAGGCCAUCAAAACGCUGAUUGAGCAGUACGAGAAGCGUCCAAACUUGUAUGACCCAAAGCACGAUCAGUACCGCAACAAACAAUUGAGGGCCAAAUCAUUGCGGCAGAUGGUGAAGGAAAUGCGAAAGAUAUACGAAACCAUAGACACGACAGACAUCAAGAACAAGAUUGGAACAUUGAGGAGCCAGUAUCUGGUGCAUUUAAAGAAUGAGGCAUGCUACCAGAAGAGUGGCUUGGAAACGCACGAGAGGAUGGCGCCCUUCUGUGUGAAGUACAUAGAGUUUCUCAGGCCACAUCUAAGGUUCUCGGAGAGUCAGGAACAUCAGAGUCUGAUACAAAUAACACUGAGAUAAAGCCAGAAGCUGGCACGGAGUCACCCAGCAGCUGUCUAGGCCAGGAUCCACAUCACUUCGAGAUACACAAGACUGAGAUCAAACCAGAGAACGUCUGCCAAGUGGAGGAGGAUGAUGAUAAGUGUGAAAGUGAUUCUUCGCUGGAGUCAAACGAGACGCUAAACAC